AUGGGGAACUCAGAGAACAUGUGGUGGAUUGUGGUCGAGUGUAUCUGCAGGAUCCUUGGUGUUUCUACAGCAACAGUGCUAUGUGCUGUAGGAGUGGAAACUCUACAACUGGGAGAAUUCAACAGCCUUGGUAUCUACCUACUAGUGUCAUCUGUUGGCAUCAUGAUGUUUGAACUGGCCUACUUCUUGGAUACUCUCCUGGUCAUGUGUCUGCCCUGUCCUCCAGACUGGCAGCUGUUUGUGUUGUGGGGGAAGAUGGCUCACAUCGGAGGCUUCCAUAAAUUUCUCUAUUAUUCCAUAAUGUCAGUGGUCUGUUUCUUGCACCCUGUGUUGGUGUGGCACGCAAUUAUUCCAGGGACAAUGCUUCUAGUGACGGCCUUUUUCAACUUCAUAUUGAGCAAGAAAACAAAGACCAAGUCUCCCAAAAGGCCACAAGAGAGCUAUGGCGACCAAGGUCUGACCACAGUGUGUGUGACUGAUAGCCCAGAUGACACCUUCUCUCUCUUCCAUAUGGUAAUGGGAAGGAGAGGAGCACGCCUGCCUCUCACAACCAGAAACGGCAGCCUCGGCCUGGGUGAGAGAGGAGAGAGCGAACAGGCCAUGCUGGAGCUCGAGCAGACAGCAAAAGAAACUGACAAGGAGCGAAGGAGGAGGUGGAAAGAGAGGAGGCCAAUCUGUUUAAGAAGCAGAGAGGAGCCUGUGGAGAGAGAGAUGGAGGAGAUGGAGGGGCACUGUGAGCCUGAGCCAGACACCACCUCAGACACUGCACCCAUGAUUACUGACUGA